AACAACAACACCCAAGGUGAUUCAACGGCUGUAAUCGAUAAAUUUUCAGCUCAGUGAAAAAGUAUGGAACUAUUCUGGUAUAAAACGUGUAAAACUCUGAAUAUUAUUGUGCCUGGACUUUAUAUCUCGCUAUAUACGCUGGAAACAAAAGCAGAACUAGCCUACAAUUGAAUAACAAUAAAGUGCACAUAGUCGAAUGCAUGAUAUACGUAACAUUUCACAAUAUAUGUGCGUUAUUUCACUCCACAUCACAUUAGUUAAUCGCAGUAAUCAUGGAUAAGUCUGCCUCAAAUUAAGCUGGCCACCAUGCCACCAAAAGCCAAGUUCAAGAAAAUGGCCAUUCUAAAGGGAUUCCCACCACAGCAAUCGCAUACUUCUAUCUUUAAGUUUAGAUGUCGAAAUUUCACACCCUUAUGGGAGCGCUGUUUGACCCCUUCCUCUUUGUUCUCCGCCUAAUUGCGAACAUGAGUUCCCCCAUCUACGAGCAAUAUCGGUGCAGGCCGUCGCGACCCCUAACCGCUAGUUCCCUGUGGAAGCCAAACAAGGUGCACCAAGAAGCCGAGGCCAAGCCGCUCGAAGUUCGCGAAGAUCUACGGAUCCCUCCACUACAGCCAGACCCCCUAGAUCCGCUAGCCACAAUGAUGUCCUUUAAACUGAUGGCCAUGGACGUGGUUAGCCAGAUGCAGAACGCCCUGCACAAGUGCGUCAAUGCCCAGAGUCCGCCGGGCGCCAAGAUGGCGGGAAUCGAGCUGGAUGCUUUGCGCCGCUGUGUGCCGUCCUCCUGUUACUUCUUCAUUGACCUGCAUCCGCGCCACGGGUUCAAGGACACCACGGAUGAGGGCCCUACUAGUCAAGUUUUCAGUGACAGAAACAACAAUUCUGGAAGCUCCGGAGGAUCGCCUGCCAAAAACUCCAUACAUCGACAGCGGAGUAUCUCUGAAUGCAGUGAGGAUAGCUUCAUUUGCUUUGAAGACGACUCAGAGGAGGAUGACGAGGAAGUCGAUGAGGAUGAUGAUGAUGACGAUAGCAGCGUGCAGUUCACGGCAUGCGAUGAAGAUGAUGAUAUCGAGGAGCUCAAGGCCUGCGAGUGCAGCCAGGAGAGCUCGACUUCACUUAAGAAGGUUCGGUUCAACAUGAAACCCGAAGUUCACGUAAUGUUCGCCUGGGACUAUGCAUAUCGGGCUGCUAGGAAAAGCGAGUGGCAGGUGAUGGCACGAGAUCGGGCUCGCUUUCAGCAGCGGAUUAAGCGGAUUUCACCCAUUCUAAACACCGUUCUGAGCCCAGUUCAUCGGGAAAGUGUCUACCUAGCUCGAUUCUUGCAAGAGGACUAGUCUGUCUUCAUACCUGAAGUAACUUUUGAUGUACACAUUACAGUUUAUAACGAUUACAAUAUUAAAUUAAGCACAAGUUAUUUGCGUGUAUAAAGUGAUCGAUUUAGCCACUGCGUUCGUGAUUUAUUUUAUGAAGCCAAAAACUGUUUAAUUCUGUAAAGAAAAUCAAAACUAAAGUAUUUUUUCGCCGUAUAGUUUUAGAACCCUAAGAAAUAUGAAUUUGUUGAUAACGGGAUUAGAAUAUACCUUAAUAUAACUAAAUAAACUAAGAAUUAGACGUA